AUGCGUUUCUCAGCUACGCUAAACACAGGUUUGCAAGCUAUCUCCACUUUAAACUUUUCUCUAUCAGGCUUGGUGCUUUCUACAUUUACAGCUUUAGCUUUCUUACUCCCAUCAUUUUUAAGCUCAGGACUUUCAUCGACCUUUUUCCUUAUCAGAUCGAGCCCAGCAGUUUGCAUCUUCAUGAUCCUCAGCAUCAUGUUUUUCUGUACUACAGCAACUCACUUGAUUUUCAAUGUUUUGCACGGGCCUUUAUCAGGUAAACCUAUAUAGUGUGUCGAAUAAUUUCUUAUCCUCUCUUUUUCGUCAAUAAGCUGUUUGCAUUAAAUCAAAAUAUAAAUGUUUUAAUAAAUUAAAGCAUUAAUGCAAUUGAAAAGUGUAAUUCAAUUUGAAUAUUUGGCUGAAAAGAUGCAAAGCUUUGUAUUCUUUCCAAUAUAUAAAAUAAAGACCUUAGAUUGAGAAUUUAUUUCUUGGAAAUUUGCGUUUUAUUAAACUAAAAUAACCUUCAUAUGGUUAUUAAUUUAGCCUGCCAAAUUUAUAAAUAGUGAUUUCUGAUAAAAUUCCAUAUUUUAAUUUCUAAAAUUAUUAAAAGUAUUUCUUGUUUAAUUCGUGCUCAAAUACAAUCUGUGUAAAAUAAUAAAAUAAAGAUUCAAUAAUAUUAAGUUUAAAUAUAAAUUUUAAGAGAAAAUAUAUGAUUGGAUAAAAUGUUCUUUGAGGUUUAUUUUAAAAGAUACGAUGCGAAAUAUAGAUGGUAGAAAUUUUCAAUAAAUGGUAUUUCUGUUUGACUUGUGCUCAAAUCUGGAAUCUAUAUAUAAAUCUAGUAAUGCUUAAAUUUUAAUUUUAAAAAAAAAUUUAUGAUUUACAAAAAGUUCUUUGACUUUAAUUUUUUAAAGAAGUAUGCAGAAAUAAAUAUGGCGAAAAUUUUUAUAAAUAUUGAUAUUCUUGCUUAAUUUGUGUUUAAAUCCAGAAUGCGUAAAAUAGAAUUCUUAAAAUACUAGGCUUAAAUUUUUAAAGAAAACGUAUCAUUGGGAAAAAGUUUUAAAUUUUUAAAGACCAUACAAAAAUAAAGAUGGCAGAAAUUUUGUCUAAAAAGGUUCUUUCUUAUUAGAUUUGUGCUCAAAUCCAAUCUACAGAUAAAUUUCAAAAGAAAACGCAUGAUGGGUAAAAGUUCUUUGAGUUUCAAUUUUCAGAAGACUUAUGCCAAAAUAAAGAGUUCGAAAAUUUUGAGACGCUAAAAAUGUUGCCAUUCCAAGAAUUUCCAUCAGUUAAAAUAUAAAAUAUACUUAAACAAUAUAAAGAGUAUUUUUUAUCUUUUAGAUUAUCACGAAUCGUGAUAAUUGAAUAGCUUAAUUAAUUAAUUAGCUCUAUAUCAAAUUAUUAAUCCUCUAAAUUUUAUUAACUUAGCAUACUCAUAUUGAUGGAUAAUUGAGAAUUCACCAGAUAUUUGCUUAUGUCUGGUUUUGCAACCCAUUUUAAAAAAAGAGCAAAGACUAAUUACCUGAUUUUUCCUAUACUUUUUUUUAUUUUGAUAUGAUUCAAUGGGAAAAUAAAUAAAUGCUCUUAUAACUCCCUUGCUUAAAUUGGGACAAAAUUUUAAUUUUUAAUAAUAAUGAUUUCUCUUCAAAUAUCUUAAUAUCUAAGUUAAUGCCUCCAAAAUCAAAAAUUUAGCUAUAACUUUUAUUUUAAGGGCGAUAUUUAAACAAAGUUAGUACUUUGAAUCGAUAAAUUUUUAUAUUAAUUUAAUAUAAUUUUUAAAUAAAAAUGGAUAACUUUGAAUUGGAUGAAUUUGUUGUUCCAAUCAAUUUAAAGGGGGAGCAUCUAUUUUUUAGUAUAUCCGCCUUUAUCUUAUAACGAAAGCAAAAAAGCAUAUGAAAUUCUAAUGAAUGAUUCUAUGCUUUUACAAUUUGUAGUCAUUUCUAUAGGUGAUAGCAACUAUGUUGGUAUGGAAAUCGCGAUUUGGGCAACAAUUUGCUUUUAUUAUUGCUCUUGCAAGGUAAUUUGUGUGACUGCAAAACAUAGACUUGCAAAUAAUCAAGUGAGGAAUUUAAAGAAAUUUAGCUUUAUAUCAGCGUUUAUGGGACUAAUGUUUAUGAUUGGGAGCUCAAAGUUUUUUUAUAGCGCUGGGUGAAUGAUGAUUUUACUGGUUAAUUAUGAAGGGCUGUUAGUUUUAAAAGAAAACUUUUUGAUUUUAUAUCAGUUAAGUCUGAAUUCUGCUAUAGCGUCACCUACUGAAAUGGGCUUUCAGUUAUUUGAAAUAGUAGUUAACACUGUACGGUGACUGCAUAUUGCGAUUAGGUAUUCUGAUUGGAUACUGACAAGCCCUAUACAAUUUUUUGUGAUAAUGAAAGUGCAAAUUUUUGCAUUUGAAUUUAUUGAUUUGUAUAGAAGGUUCAGAAAUUAUAUAUAUUCAAUGAAAAGCUUCUUAAAAAAAUACCCAGUUAUGAGCAAAAAUGAUUUACAAAAAUAUUGCAAUGAAAAAUGCUGCAUUUGUUUGGAAUCACUACCUUCAAGCAAGUGCAGCAAAAUUUCAUGUGGCCAUGUGCAUCAUGUAAAAUGCAUAAGAACUUGGAUUCUUAAUAAUAGUAAUCCUAAAUGUCCUUUAUGCAACCAGGAAUUUUUGAAGCCUGAAACAAAAAAUCUGACCAUUUCUUCGUUUUCUUCAUUUUUUAAUUACUUUGGGAAUCGAGAUAAUCAAGCAGAACAAACAAGUACUCAAAUAGAACAAAUUUUAAGAGAAGAAAUCGGUUUAUUUCAAGAAAACCUUGCUGAUAUUAUUCAACAAUAA